GGCGCACAUACCCAACGAGAACGUUUUUGACAAUUGAACAGAAGGCACAGUUAAUUUUUUUUGUAGUUUUUUUUCGAUGUAUUUCAAUUUAUUUGCGAUUGCAAAAUGUUUUAUCGCAAAACAAAAGUCUCCAUUAUACAAUAGAACUUAAAUAAAAAGUAAAAGAAGUUUUCGAUUCGGUGCGUUAUUAUUGACAAACAAUCGAUAACUCGGACAAAAUGUCUCGUCGUAGUAUGACAACUCGCAUUGAUCGGGUAGCUCAAAUGAGUAUGCAAGAGGAAAUUAUUGCCAAGCGAAAAUUGGAGCUACUGGAAAAACAGAAAACUGCAGAAUUGGCAAAGCAGGUGCAGGCCGCUCAAACCGGUGGAAAAUCAUCGAAAAAAGAAAAAGAAUCGAAGACAGCUCACACUCAGAAAGUGAGUGCAGUAUUGGAUGAGCCACCUCCUCCGAAAAACAAUUUCAACAACGACGGAUCAUUUUUCGAAAAUUUCAAGAAAAUCACAGAUGCGGCAAAGAAGGCACAAGAAGCAGCAAAUGCUGCUGCGCAACUUGAAAAACAGAAAACAGCAGAUUCGGCCAACAUUUCCGACAGUAUCAUUGCUGAACUCAUACAAGCACCUCCACCACCACCUCCGUUACCUGAACAAGCUCUACCACCACCGCCAGCAUUGCCAGUACUGCUUUUCGACAAUGCAGAUCAAAAAUUUGAAUCGAAUGAAUCGGAUGCCUUAAUUGAUAAAGACAAAAGAGGCGACAACCGUUCGGGAAAUUCGCUCAAAUCCGAAUCAAAUGCAUCGGAAACGGGCAAAUUUACAUCGCAAUCGUCAACGCACGACUCCAACCGUCGUGAACCGAAAUAUUCCGGCAAUCAAGAACAUCGUCCAAAGACGACCAGUCGGUUUUCCAAUCCACCUACAACGAAAAUACCUUCGCUACUGGAUCUACCGUCGGAAAAUCCAUUUGGUACCAGCAACGAAAUGCCUUCAAACCGUUCAACAGAUUCCUUCUUUCACAACGAUGACAUGUCGACCAGUACGGUUAGGACGGGACCAAGUCGAUUUUCUGCGAGUCAACCCAAUCGAUUUGAUAACGAGCAGGUACCGCAGAGCAAUAAGUUUUCGACGGAUGGGAUAAAUUCAUCCAAAGAUUCAUUCGGCUAUCGUUUCGGUGACAAUCGAAACAACUAUGAUCAGCCGAGCAAUCGAUUCGCCGAUGAGCAAUCGUUUUCCAAUCAAUUUGGGGGAAACACAAGUGGAAGAGACAAUUUUGGCGGUGACAGUCAAGAUCGAUUUGCAUCGAAUUCUGGGCCGAACUUCGCGAAAAAUCCUAACCGAUUCGCGCAAGAUCAGUUAUCUAGUUCAACCAACAAAUAUCCAAGCAAUUCGUCUCCGUUCAAUCGGUUUGGACCCGGACAGGAACCGAGAUCAAAUUCGAAUUCGCAAGAAUCGUUCACAUUUGAACCCAGCACGGAUCUAACAUCUAACAAAAAUCCGUUUCCGCAGGACCAAGACGAUCGCAUUUUGCCAACCACUCAUCCCAAACGAUUUACUCCAGAAGCAACAAAAAAUUUCGCCAACCCGUUUGCGCAGAACGCGCCCAAUAAGGGAAAAAUUGACGAUGCAGCCAAUAGUUUUCCUGCAAAGGAUAUCAAAGUUGAAGCUGAUGGCGGCCGUCAGUCGUUGAACGACAAUCAACGAUUUCUACAAAAUCAAACCCCGAAUCAAUUUAUGUUAACGACGCCACCACCACCAAACAACCAACGAAACUUAUUCCCCAAUCAGUCGAUGAAUCGGUUCGGAAAUCCAGACGCAUUUGGUAGAACAACCAGAUUCGACGAUUUUCCAAAUAAUUCAUUCAAUCGUCCCGCAUUCAAUAUGCCACCGAUGAGUCAAUCGAUGAAUCAACCGAUGAAUCAAUUGAUGAACCAACCGAUGAAUCAAUCGAUGAGCCAACCGAUGAAUCAAUCGAUGAACCAACCGAUGAAUCAAUCGAUGAACCAACCGAUGAAUCAAUCGAUGAACCAACCAAUGAAUCAAUCAAUGAGCAAACCGAUGAAUCAACAGAUGAAUCAACCGAUGAACCAACAAACCAAUUUCAUUCCAAACCAACCGAAUCUACAACAACCCCCACCGAAUUUUCCGCCAAGCAAUCCCACAUCGACCAUGGUAUCACCGUUCAAUAAUACCGCAUUCGGCAUGAAUUUCACCACCCCACCACCAGCUAACCCAUUGCUACAUUCAAUUCCACAACCGUUGCCCAUGUCACUGAACAAAAUUCCACCACCCAAGGAGCUGGAUCUGAAUGCGAUUCCCGAGCCGCAGCUGAAUUUGAUGACGUCGAAUUAUGCGUCAGGCACAGUUUUUUCAGACAAUGACUUUAUUCCGACAUCAAUAGAUGCACUAGUUGCUUUGGUCGCUGAAAAUGAUGAUGAUUACGAAGAUAAAUUAUGUUCGCGAAAUAUUGAAAUGCACCCAUCACUGUGGUUUCUAUCCGAAAAGAAUUCGCUGGCGUAUCGCAAUUACCGUCAAAAAGUGCUCGAGCUUCGUAAUAAAUUGAAAAAUACUGAAAAUGAUAAAUACGAUCCGCUGGAAAUCGAUUACAAAGACGAUGAUAUAGAUGAUGCGCCGACAUUCGAUGUGAAGCGUUCGCAAUCGGAUGACUACGAUUCCGAUUCGGAAUACAUGCAAGACACAAAGGCUCGAAAUUUGAAUAACAUGAAACGGAAAUUGGACUCAAAUAGUCGGGAUUUCUACUCAUCGGAUUCGGAGGAUCAUGAACGAUUCCAUCAGCGAUUCAAGGAACUCGACGAAAAGCCCUUCAAAGCGGAAAAGGAUUCCGAAUCUGAUGUGCAUCCGAACAAAUCGAAUAGGAAAAGUCGUUGGGGUGAGAAAGUCGACGUAGUUGCUACCACAUCAGCGCCGCAACCGUUGAUGUCGUUAUCUCUAGCAACUAUACCGGCUGUCGGGAGCUCUAUUCCGACAAGUUUUGGUAACCAACAGAAACCCAUGUUGACGUCAAUCAAACGAACGGAUCAAGCACUUUUGAACUACGCUCGUCAAAAUUACGGUACUGUCGAUUUGAGCGAAGAAGACUGGAAGAAGUGCGAAGAUCAUUUUAAGGUAAAUCUGUUAUAUCAAGACAUGUUAAAAAAGCGACAAGAAAUCGAUCGGAUGGCACGAAGUGGACGAUUCAAAUACGAAUAUGACUCUGAUGAAGAUAUCGAUGGCGGAACGUGGGAACAUAAAUUGCGAAAUAGCGAAAUGGAAGCGACCAGCCGAUGGGCUGAAGCGUUGAACGAACAGGCGGAGGGUAAGCAUCACAUUGGCGAUUUUCUGCCACCAGAAGAACUGAAAAAGUUCAUGGAAAAAUAUGACUCCAAAUUGAACAAUCGCGAACCGGACAUAAGCGACUACAAAGAGUAUAAACUCAAGGAGGAUAAUAUAGGUUUCCAAAUGUUACAAAAACUCGGCUGGAAGCAAGGCGAAGGCUUACGGCCAGACGGAAUCGUCGAUCCCGUCAAUAAGGCACAACAGAGAGACAGUAAUCAAGGUCUCGGCGCUAUACAACCAAGCGAAAUGCAAAGUGGUGACAACGAAUACGAUGCGUAUAGAAAGCGAAUGAUGCUCGCUUAUAGAUUUAGACCGAAUCCUUUGAAUAAUCCGAGAAGAGCUUAUUACUAACAUUGCAUCCAUCACGUUGGACUUUAGAUUACUGCUUGAACUUGUCACUUUUACUUCAGACACAAAAUAAACUGUAAAAUUCUA